GGGUGACUCCGCCGCACUCCCCUGCUUCUAAACUCUCACUACGCCGCGCGUUUCGAAGCUUCUUGGGCCGCAGCAAUGGCCGCGGCAGCAUCUCUCUCCCCGCUCAUCGCUCCCCGCGCUUCGCCAAACGCGAUUCCCCGCCGCGCUUUUCCCUCCGCGCGGCGCCUCGCCGUAGAAUCGCGUCACCGACGCCGGGUCCUCGCCAUGGGCGGCGCCGACCUCCUCGGCGACCUCGGCGCGAGGGACCCGUUCCCCGAGGAGAUCGAGAGCAACUUCGGCGAGAACGUUGUGGGGAACACCGACACGCUCCACCGCAUCCUCGUCCCGAAUCUCCGCGCGCUCUCCCUCGCCCAGCUGAGCUGCGAGGCGAUUCCCCCUUCGCAGCCUCCCUUGGCGGACGACGACGCCGAGAAGCUGCUGAAGAAGGUUGUGGGCUGGAGGCUUGCGGAGGCUGAUGGAGUGAAAAGACUACAAUGCUUGUGGAGGGUGAGGGAUUACGGAUGCGGGGUAGAACUCAUUAAUAGGAUUUAUAAGGUGGUCGAGGCUUCCGGGCAUUAUCCAAACCUUCAUUUGGAGCAACCUAAUCAAGUUAGAGCGGAACUAUGGACCGCUUCAAUCGGUGGUCUAAGCAUGAAUGAUUUCAUCGUAGCUGCCAGAAUUGAUAGAGUCAAAACAGCAGAUCUUGUACCGAAAAAACGUAUAUGGGCAUGACUUGUUAAGCAAUAUCAAUGUUCAUAGACGGAACUUAGAAAUUUUGAAACUACUCGAGUAUAUCUCUUUGUAGCAAUUGAGAGUCCUCAUUUCGCAUGUAAUUGCUUAACUUUGAUUGAUUUUGGCCUCCUAGGCUUGUAUAUACUUUAAAUAUACUUAAAAAUUUAUUGGUUUUUAAGCCAAUUAAAAUGCAGCGACUAUUGUUACUUCUA